CACUAAACUAAAGGUGUCAACAAAAAAAUUUAAAGAAAAUAAAAAUUAAAAAAGGAAAUUAAUAAAUAUCGUAGUUGUAGUAGUAGUAGUAUUAAAUGUGGGCCACCCUAAAUCCACCUUUAUAUUUGCCCUCUUAGAUUCUUCCUUACAGUUCUUUGCCUGCCCUUCUCCCUUCCUAUUUAAGGACCAAAACAUUUACACUCCCCCACUUGAUCUUUCACCAACACACCCAGAUUAGAGCUCAAGUGAGAGAAACUAUGGUAUCAUUUCAAACAUCUUUCCUCCAAUUAAAUGAUCAAAGAAAACCUAUUUCAGAAACUGAUCAUGAUCAUACCAAUUUCAAGAAUAUGAAAAGGAAGUGGAAUGACACACAAGAUGAGGAGGUCAUUCUUCCUUACAAACAUUGGAAGAAUCCUAAAGCCACCUUUGCUACCAAAACUUUUUCCGAUAUCGAACUUCAUCUCGAGACUCCGUUGCCAUCCGAGUGGCAACGUUGCCUCGAUAUUCAGUCAGGGGAAAUCCACUUCUACAACACCAGAACACAAAAACGAACACUGAGAGAUCCAAGGGAAAGUUCAGAGCCAUCAAGUCCUAGGGAUUAUCACAUGAGUUUGGACCUUGAGCUUAACCUGCCUUGUGGUUCACUCAACCAUAAUAAUUACUCAAAAUCAACAUCAGAAAAGAACAUGACUACGAUGAAGAAGAAAUCCAGCAACUCACCACCACCACCAGCUUCUACUGAUCUUUUAAGAAAUUUGAGCACUGUUGGAAAGACAAACACCAUUGAUAUCGAGGCUACAGACGAGGCAGCAGAGAUGGUGGCGACCGCUUGCAAGCGGUGCCAUAUGCUGGUGAUGCUCUGCAAGUCUUCACCAACAUGUCCUAACUGCAAAUAUGUGCACCCACCAUGCCAGAGCCUUCUUGACCUGUUCAAGCCAAGACUUAGCCUCUCUUGCUAGUUUAUAUUAGUCAUACCAACAAAUGAACUAAUGAUCAUAAGCUUGAGUGUUAAUAGUUAUUUAGGUAAUAAUAACAAUAAUAAUAAUAGUAAUAAUAUUGUUAGUUAUGCUUCUUUCUUAAAAAAUACAGAUCAUUAGUAAGAAAUCAGGGUGAGUUUACUGCUUAGUUGGCUCCUUAAUCAUCACUCUUCAAACUGGUCAAAGUGUAGAAUUGCAAGGAAAGGUCAAGAAGAACCAAGUGUACAUAUGGGGGGGAGAUUUAAAAAAAAGUUUUGAGGAGCCAUCUCAAUCAAUCUUCAUAUAUUUAAUACUGUUCUUUUUUCUUCUUA